AUGCCCAGGGGUAGAUCAAAGUCAACUGUACUGCAAAUUGCGAAUGACGUGCCUAUAAUAAAUGAAACAACUACAAAUUUUAAGCAUACACCACCAACCACUUUCAAAAACUCAAGAUCAAAAUCAGUAUCUUCACAUGAAACAAAAAAGUCAAAUCCAGUAAUAGAAUUAAUAUCACCGUUCAAUGAACUAGAGAAAGAUCAAAUUUGGACAAAUUAUAUCAAUUCCUUCAAUUAUGAUAUGGUCUUAAAACCUCAAGAUAUUCACACUAUAAACUCAAAACAUUUAGAUAAAGUACUAAACUUUCAGAAUAAUCUACAUUCAAAUCAAAUACAAUUACAAAAAUUUAUAGAUCAGACUGACAAUUUAUUAAUAGACAUGGAUAAAUUAUUUACUCAAUAUAAGAAAAUAACGAAUGAAACAUUAGAUUUUGAUAAAUCAGCAAAUGAACUAUUGACAAAACAAAAUAUAUAUCAAACAAAAUAUGAUGAAAUUUUCAAUAACCUAAAGCUUUUUGAACAUUUAGAUUCAAUAACUAAAAAUUUAUCAAAAUCCGGCUCACAUUUAUUAAAUCAAAAAAGAAAAUUUUUUAUAAAUGAUAUACUAAAAAAUUUAGAUGAUAGUUUAAAAUUUGUUGAUGAUCAUCCAAAUUAUAAAGAUUGUGAAUUGUACAAAAGUAGGUUUAAACAAUGUAUGACAAGAUCAUUAACCUUAAUAAGAAAUUUCUUGAAUAACGAAAUCAAGAGUGUUAAUGAUUCAAUUGAUAAAAAGCAAAAGACUUUGGGACUUGAUUUGUUAAUUUAUAAUGAGUUUAAUAACUACCUAAAGUAUAACCAAGAACAAUUUCACGAAUUAAUGAAUGAAUUGAAAAAGAGAAGCUCAAAUGAAGAGUUUUCUGGGUUGUUUAAUGAUGUUUUGUCAACCUACUUCAACAUAAGGACGAGAUUAUUACACAAGUAUAUUGACAAGUAUCCAAAUACUUUAUCUAAAGAGCAUUCCUUGGUACAGGCUUGUCAGGAUCAAAUUUCAUACUACAAAAAGAUAAUUGAAAAAGAAUACAAUUUAUUUAAAGCAUUUUUUGAACCUAAUAAACACGAAUAUGUUGAUGAUUUAUUAUGGGAUACUUUUUACAAUUUCUUGAAAAAUGUCUUAGAACCAUUAUAUGAUAACAUCAGACUCCUCAUACUAAAAGAGUCAAAUAUAAGUUCAUUAUGUCAAUUCACCACUUUAUUACAAAAAUAUUAUGAGUUUGAAGAUGAGAAUGAAGGAUCUUUAAUUGAUACUCAAAGUUAUUUCGCUUCAACUAAUAGUGAGAACUCAAUAAAAUAUGGAUUUUUAUUUCAGCCAUUGUUGGAUGAUGCUCAAAAUCGACUAAUUUUUAAAAUUCAAAACUAUGUCGAUAAUCAAUUAAUGAAAUAUAAACCAAAAUCAAUUGAUUUGAAAAUUGGAUUUAUAAAACAAACAACAAAUGUUAAUUCUUUGGAUGUGGAUUAUGAGGAAAAUUUAUUUCCUGAUUUAUAUUUACCAUUAGCUAAAGCAUUAACAAUUUUAUCAAACAUAUAUGAAUUAAUCAAUGGUUAUGUUUUUGAUGAUAUUGCUCAUUAUAUUGUUCAUUCAUGUAUUGAAAUGUUAAAAGGAGAAUAUUUAAAAUUAGCCAUCAAUCAAUUAGGUAGAAUUGAAGGUAAAACCUUAUAUUUAAAAGAUUUAAUUAUAUUAAGAGAUCAAAUUAAAAAUUUUGAUAUACAAUAUGUAAGAAAUGAUUUUUCAAUUGAUUUUACAAGUGGAUUUACUAAUAUAUGGAAUUUUAUAAAGAGAAGGAACUCAAGUGGUGGAAUUUUAGAAAUUGCAAAACAAUCGAUACCAAAAGUUAUAAAUAAUAUGAUUGAUGCAAAUAUGGAAAUUGAAAUGGAAUUAAAUAAUGCAGUAACUGAUUUUUUGACAAUUUGUUCAAAUGAAAUUUGUGAACCUAUUUUAGGUAAGGAAGAUUUAACUAAUGAAAACCUAAACAAAUUCAAGGAUAAUUUAAUAAUUAAGAUUCCAAAUUUUUAUAAACAUAUAAUUUCUAUUAUAAAUGAUCAAAUAGUAGCACGAUCAUUAAUGAAUAAUUUGUCACAAUUAAUUUUAAUAACUUAUGAAGAAUUUUAUAAAAAAGUAAAUGACUUACCAGAAAAACCUAAAUUUGAUGAUUUAUUAGAAAUUGAUGCAUUGUCAGGAUUUGUAAAUGAUAUAAUAAAUCAUUUAUAUGAUGAAGAAGAUUCCAAGAAUCAAAUUCAAUUUUCUCCAAAUUUCAAUGAAAAUGUGUUAAAUAAUUUAGACUUAGAUUUAGAUGAAGCAGAUGUUGAAGAUUCUAAAAAGCCAAUGCAUUUGAAUUUGGAGUUAGAUAUACCUAUUGAUCCAACCAAUUCAAUAGAUCCAAUAAACCCAGGACAAUCUAUUGAAAAGUAA